GAGAACCAGGAGGUGAUGGAAACGGGACAGAGCAGGCCGCUGGCUCUGGAACCCUGAUGAUCUUUCACUGAACCCACACUUUUGGGAGGGGCUGGUGACAAGCCCUGCCCUGGGAACCGAGGAACACUGGAACUUGGUCCUUGUCCCUAAGGAGCUCCCAGGUGGCGCCGCUGCCGGAUGGGAGUGCCCGGGCACGUGCGUGUCGCAUGAGGUCGGCACACGCACCAUGUCAUCAUGCGUCUCUAGCCAGCCCAGUAGCGACCGGGCCGCCCCCCAGGAUGAGCUGGGGGGCGGGGGCGGAAGCAGCAACAGCAGCGAAGGCCAGAAGCCCUGUGAAGCCCUGCGGGGCCUCUCGUCCCUGAGCAUCCAUCUGGGCAUGGAGUCCUUCAUCGUGGUCACUGAGUGCGAGCCGGCCUGCGCUGUGGACGGCGGCCUGGCCCGGGACCGGCCCUUGGCCCCUGGCGGAGAGGUCCGCCUCGAUGUCUCCGGGUCCCAGGCCCGGCCCCACCUCUCCAGUCGCAAGCUCUCUCUGCAAGAGCGGUCCCUGCUGGGUGCGAAUGGGCGCUGCGUCUACCCGGCCCUGCCCCACUCGCCCGUGGGCUCUCCGCAGUCCUCGCCGCGGCUGCCGCGGAGGCCCACGGUGGAGUCGCACCGCGUCUCCAUCACCGGGAUGCAGGAUUGUGUACAGCUGAAUCAGUACACACUGAAGGAUGAAAUUGGAAAGGGCUCCUAUGGCGUGGUCAAACUGGCCUACAAUGAAAAUGACAAUACCUACUACGCAAUGAAGGUGCUGUCCAAAAAGAAACUGAUCCGACAGGCGGGCUUUCCACGUCGCCCCCCUCCUCGAGGGACCCGGCCAGCCCCCAGGGGCUGCAUCCAGCCCAGGGGCCCCAUUGAGCAGGUGUACCAGGAAAUUGCCAUCCUCAAGAAGCUGGACCACCCCAACGUGGUGAAGCUGGUGGAGGUCCUGGACGACCCCAAUGAGGACCAUCUGUACAUGGUGUUUGAACUGGUCAACCAAGGGCCUGUGAUGGAAGUACCCACCCUCAAACCGCUCUCGGAAGACCAGGCCCGUUUCUAUUUCCAGGAUCUGAUCAAAGGCAUCGAGUACUUACACUACCAGAAGAUCAUCCACCGGGACAUCAAACCUUCCAAUCUGCUGGUUGGAGAAGAUGGGCACGUCAAGAUUGCGGACUUCGGCGUGAGCAACGAGUUCAAGGGCAGCGACGCCCUCCUCUCUAACACCGUGGGCACUCCCGCCUUCAUGGCGCCCGAGUCGCUCUCGGAGACCCGGAAGAUCUUCUCUGGGAAGGCACUGGAUGUUUGGGCCAUGGGUGUGACGCUGUACUGCUUUGUGUUUGGCCAGUGCCCAUUCAUGGAUGAGCGGAUCAUGUGUUUACACAGUAAGAUCAAGAGUCAGGCCCUGGAAUUUCCAGAUCAGCCUGACAUAGCCGAGGACUUGAAGGACCUGAUCACCCGCAUGUUGGACAAGAACCCCGAGUCGAGGAUCGUGGUGCCUGAGAUCAAGCUGCACCCCUGGGUCACGAGGCACGGGGCGGAGCCGCUGCCAUCGGAGGAUGAGAACUGCACGCUGGUCGAGGUGACAGAAGAGGAGGUGGAGAAUUCGGUCAAACACAUACCCAGCCUGGCAACCGUGAUCCUGGUGAAGACCAUGAUACGAAAACGCUCCUUCGGGAACCCGUUUGAGGGCAGCCGGCGGGAGGAGCGCUCGCUGUCAGCUCCUGGAAACCUGCUCACCAAAAAAACAACCAGGGAGUGUGAGCCCCUGUCUGAGCCCAAGGAAGCAAGGCAGCGAAGACAGCCUCCGGGGCCCCAACCCGCCUCCCGUGGGGGAGGAGGAAGCGCUCUUGUGAAAGGCGGCCCAGGCAUGGAGAGUUGGGGGGCCCUGGCCCCCGGCUCCAGCAAGCGGACGCGUCCUCCGCGGCCGGACGAGGCGAUGGAGUAGCUGCCGGACCUCGACCUCGCAUGCACGUCUCACCUCUGGGGGCUGCGCCCUGCGUUUCCAUAGCAGCAUGUCCUACGGAAACCGAGCACGUGUGUAGAGCCUUGACCAUCAUCUCUGGUUAUUGUUGUUGUUGUUGUUUUUCCCAUUUGUUUGUUUGAUUUCUUUAUUGUUUUAAAGGAGACAAAAAAAAAAAAAAAAAAAAAAAAGACGA